AUGGGCAGGAAGCUCAGAACACGUUUGGAUAUUAUCAGACCAAAUCUAGAACAGUCCGUUCAGUUACGCAAUCAAAGACAUGGAACGAAGGGCCGGGAACUGGAAGUGGGAGACUUCGUGAUGGUACAUGACUACAGGGGUUCUAAGCGAAAACGAUCAUGGAUUCGUGGACUUAUUCUGCGGAAGCUUGGACCAGUUACUUAUACUGAACAGGUUGGAGAACUCCAGUCGAAACGACAUAUUGAUCAGAUGCGACCCUGUCAUCCAGAUUGUGUGGUGGACGGUGAUACGAACAAGUCGCAUUUGCAUGAUGUCAUUGAUGUGCCACGGUAUUAUCCUCGUGAACAGGAAAUGCGUGCACCUGCUGUGGUUCCGUCAAGCGAAUCAAGAACUCCUUCGAUGACUUCUACUCCAAGUCUCAAACACUCUGUUACGAAUGGGAGUCGCGAAACCAUGUCAAAGACAAUGGAAUCUAUUCCGUCGUAUGAUAAUCCAUAG